AGCUGAGCUGCUCGCCUCGCAUCGCCUCUGCUCUGGGCCGCCAUGUGGCUCGCCCCCCUUCUCCUCGGCGCCUUUCUGCUCUCCAGCCCCGUGCGCGGGAGCGACGGCUCGGCUUCCACUGCUAUCACGUGCUUUACAAGAGGACUUGACCUUAGAAAGGAGACAGAAGAUGUCCUUUGCCCAGCAAACUGUCCUCUAUGGCAAUUUUAUGUCUUUGGAGAUGGAGUUUAUGCCUCUCUUUCCAGUGUCUGCGGAGCUGCCAUACACAGCGGGGUGAUCACCAAUGCAGGAGGAGCUGUAAGGGUACAGACUCUCCCAGGACAGGAAAACUACCCUGCUGUAAAUGCCAAUGGGAUCCAGUCUCAGGUGCUCGCCAGAUGGGCUUCGUCUUUCUCAGUGACUCGUACCAAGAACGCAGCACUUGAAGCAGUUGGGCGAUCAGUAUCAACAGCACGUCCUUCUACAGGUAAAAGACCUAAGAAGCCACUUGAUAAAAAGGCUGGAAACAAAGACUGUAAAGCUGAUAUUGCAUUUCUUAUUGAUGGAAGUUACAACAUCGGCCAACGCAGAUUUAAUUUGCAGAAAAACUUUGUUGGAAAAGUAGCUGUGAUGUUGGGAAUUGGAACAGAAGGGCCUCACGUUGGAGUUGUACAAGCCAGUGAACAUCCAAAAAUUGAAUUCUAUCUGAAAAACUUCACUGCUGCAAAAGAAGUUUUGUUUGCCAUAAAGGAACUAGGGUUCAGAGGAGGCAAUUCUAAUACAGGGAAAGCUUUGAAGCACACAGCUCAGAAAUUCUUCUCUUUAGAAAAUGGAGCACGCAAAGGAAUUCCCAAGAUCAUUGUAGUGUUCCUAGAUGGGUGGCCCUCAGAUGAUAUAGAAGAAGCUGGCAUAGUGGCCAGAGAAUUUGGAGUCAAUGUAUUCAUUGUAUCUGUAGCGAAACCCACAACAGAGGAGCUGGGAAUGGUACAAGACAUUGGUUUUGUUGACAAAGCUGUCUGUCGAAACAACGGCUUCUUCUCUUACCAGAUGCCCACCUGGUUUGGUACUACCAAAUAUGUAAAACCUCUUGUCCAAAAAUUGUGUUCACAUGAGCAGAUGUUGUGUAGCAAGACAUGCUACAACUCUGUCAACAUAGGUUUCUUGAUAGAUGGUUCCAGCAGCGUUGGAGACAGCAACUUCCGCCUUGUACUUGAAUUCAUCAGCAAUGUUGCAAAGGCUUUUGAGAUCUCUGACAUUGGUUCCAAGAUUGCAGCUGUGCAGUUCACAUACGAUCAGCGUACCGAGUUCAGCUUCACAGACUACACCACUAAAGAAAAGGUCCUCUCGGCUAUCCGGAACAUUCGCUACAUGAGCGGUGGCACUGCUACUGGUGAUGCCAUUUCUUUCACAACCAGAAAUGUGUUUGGGCCAAUGAAAGAUGGACCUAACAAAAAUUUCCUCGUUGUUUUGACUGAUGGUCAGUCUUAUGACGAUGUUAGAGGACCUGCUGCUGCUGCACAAAAAGCAGGAAUAACUGUCUUCUCUGUUGGUGUUGCCUGGGCACCUCUGGAUGAUCUGAAAGACAUGGCUUCUGAACCAAGAGAAUCCCAUACUUUCUUCACUAGAGAGUUCACAGGAUUAGAGCAGAUGGUUCCUGAUAUUAUUAGAGGCAUCUGUAAAGAUUUUUUGGACUCUAAACAGUAAAGCAAAAAUCUGCUGUUGGAUAUUACUACUUUGAAACUAAAAAUCAUGAAACUGAAACAGUCCCUCUAAAGUACAGAUGUUCUAUUCUUACAUAUACUAUCAUAAUGCAAGAGAAGAAGGGCUACUUUGUGUUUCUGUAGUCAGUCAAGGAUUCAUGUGAGCUUGUUAGAAGUUGUACUUAAUACUGGAGUGCAGAAUUUGGCCAACAGCUAUUAUUUUCAAUACAUGUAUAGUAUACCCAAGUUUAAAGCUAUGCAUAUCGUGCACUUAAGGCUAUCAGAUAUCAGCAGAGGAAACAGUACAGCUCUGACAUUUUUGCUGUCACUUGUUAGACGUCUUCUUAUGAGUUAAACAACAUAAUUUUAAAUACACGGUACUAUCAUCUUCUUCUAUAAGCCUUCUGUAGCUUAUGAUUCUGUAUCUUUUCAAGGAGUUCUGCUGAUAGCAUGAAGUACUUUCAGUGCUACAGUUGCACAACAUCCAUUAUUGCCAGGCAGUUUAAGAAAAGAUACAACAGAUUGUAGCUAAUCAGUCUAUUUUUACUAGUUGAGGUUUUGCUGUUGUGAAUGAUACUGCCAUCUGGUUGGCAAAGUUUACAUCAAAAGACAUUUAACUUCUACCCACAGGUUUCUGUGGAUCUAUGUUGUUCAGUUCUUUUGGCACAGAUUUUGAAAGGUAUUUAAGGCACAGUAGUUCUUUUUGAGAAUCUGGAUCGUAACAUAUUAGCUGAUACUACUGCUUCCUACACCACUGAAGUCAACAGUGAUAUUCCUAAUAUAUCUAAUUAACAACCAGAUUUUUUCCUGUCUAUGCUUUGUACUGUCUUGAUUUUACAAAGUUGUUAUUGGCUAGACAGCUAGAGUCAGGAAUCUUGGGUGAAGAGAUUAAAUUAGACCACACACUGGGAACUGAAAGGAUUCAAAUUCAAAUCCAAAGGUAUCUCAAACCUUGAAACCUAACUGAUUUAUAUCAGAUUACAUGGUUAGAAAAAGAAAAGAGUAGGCAGACACGUAAGUGGGAUUCAGUAGCUCACAGAAUAACAACUUUCUAAUGCUAGUAAAAACAUCUUUAAAGAUGUGUGAGGUUAUCUGAAGAUGAAAGAAUAAUUUUCUUGAAAAAAGGCUUUAAUUUGCUUACAUACUUAGUAAUGUGUUGAUACAUUUAUACCUACAUGCAUGUGGUUAAAAUAAUGCAGUAUUCACCGAGUUAUUCCAGGUUCCUGGUGUGAAUAACAUACUUCAAGUAUUCUUUAGAAAAUAAAGGUUUUUGCAAGUAAAAUAUACAGUGGAAAACAAAACAGCACUUUCCCUAUCAAUCUAGGCUUUCCCUUUUUUCCUCUGCCCUCGCUAUUGAUUGUAAAAUUCAUAGUAGUUAUGGAGCAGCACAGAAGGAAUUGUAUUCAUCAGGCUUCUGUUGUGUGUUUUUUAAUAACUUAUGACUGGCUAUAUAUUACACUAAACAUGAAUGGCAAAGA